CAGACGAUUCCAGACUGCGGGCGCAACACACAUAAACAGAGCACAGCACAAAAGAAGCAGCCAAAUUAUAAGUUUCUAAAACUCUCCCUCUCUCUCGUAAGCAACAAAAACGAAACCAAAACAUGGCUUCCAUGGCAUACCCAACCCCCUCCUCCUCCUACUCCUGUUGUUACAAGAAUCACACCAGACGCAACAUCAUUCCCUCCAUUCCACAUAUUAAGUUCUGUCAGCAGCAGCAGCAGCCUCAUCAGAACGACCACAAACCCACCGACCCAGUCGGUCGAAGGGAGAUUAUACUUAGGAGCAGUGAAUUGGCAGUGGUGGGAGCCAUCUUCAACUUCAGCGGUAAAAAGCCAGACUAUCUUGGGGUGCAGAAAAACCAACCGGCUUUGGCUCUUUGUCCAGCUACUAAGAAUUGCAUUUCAACCGCUGAGAAUGUCACUGACAUUGUCCAUUAUGCCCCUCCCUGGAACUAUAAUGGGGGACGUAAUAGGAAAAAGCCGGUCAGCAGAGAAGUGGCUAUGGAGGAACUUCUCCGAGUGAUAAAAUCAACAAAGCCGGACAAGUUCACACCGCGGAUAAUGGAGAAGAAAGAUGAUUAUGUGAGAGUGGAAUACCAGUCCUCAAUCCUAGGGUUUGUGGAUGAUGUUGAGUUUUGGUUUCCACCGGGCAGAGACUCGAUAGUGGAGUACAGAUCAGCAUCCCGGUUAGGCAACUUCGAUUUUGACAUCAACAGGAAGAGAAUCAAGGCAUUGCGACAAGAGUUAGAGAACAAAGGUUGGGCUUCCAAGGACAGCUUUUGAGAAACCUUUGUUGCUGGCUUGCUGCCACACAAUAAGAUGGUGGAUUGUACCUUCAAAGUUUAUCAAGCAUUCAAGCAGAUAUAUCAAAUUUUACCAAAAUUCAAAAUUGUACUCAUGUAAUGGUUUCUGUAUUGAUUGUAAGGUUCCAAUCAAUAAAAUCAUAGGUUCUCAAUUUGCUAACAA